AUGGCAGCGCAAGGCAAGAUCAAUCCGGAGGAGCUCCGGGCCCUCAAACCUUUUCCGUUUCCGUCAACGACGCUUGAGAAAAAGUCAUACAAGCUUGAAAGCGAUGGAAAUGUACUAGAAGUCACGCCUGAAUGUGAUGAAGGUGUGGAAGUUGCGGCCGAGGAGGACAACCUCAAAUGUGUAAUGUGGUUUAAUACUGGUCCCAUGUCGCUCGAAACGAUCCAAAGGAUUGAUAGCGUUCAGCUGUUCACUGAGUCGCAUGAUGCGAAUUCUGUCCUUACUACGGCUGAUAACCGGACCUGGUUCGAUCUUGCCAUUCUGGAGCACAAAGACGAUCAGCGUGCUAGAGUCAAGCAAGAUGUUGAGCUGGUGUGGACGAGCCAUAGGAAUCGAAGCCAGACGACGGAAUUUGGCUGGGACAAGGGAACUGUCUUCGACAAAAAUCAUCCAUUCCUGCGUUUGCUAGAGGACGGGAAUUGUCUUGCAGUCCGUGUUUGUGCUGGUGACCAGAACGCACACAACGUGGUUAAGAAUGCUAUACUAAAACUGGACAUCGGUGAUAAAACGGAACGUGAGGCAGUUACAUACAACGAGACCCCAAGAGAAACCAAAAUCAUGGUAGAAGUCUUCAAAGAGUGCAAUUCUGCUGCACCUUCUGGCAAUUACAUGCCAUGGGUGUCUCUUGGUGCUUUCAGGGCUGAUUAUUACGAUGACGGUCAUACUCAUCCCUUACGUGUUCUUGCUAUGGACGGGGGUGGUGUGCGUGGACUGUCUUCUCUUUUUAUCCUCCAGAAAAUCUUCAACAAGUUGGAAGAAAGGUUGGGAGAAAGGAAAAAGCCAUGUGAGAUCUUUGAUAUGAUUGGAGGCACCAGUACUGGAGGCUUGAUCGCUAUCAUGCUUGGUCGCCUUCAAAUGGACGUUAAAGACUGCAUUAAGAAGUACCAAGAAUUGAUGGGCAUAGUCUUCAAAAAACGAGAAGGAACUCUGGGAUCGAUUACGGAUUGGUUUACCAAAAAAGCGAGCUUGCUUUGGAGCGGCCAGGUCUAUGACGACAAGCCCCUCGAAACGGAGAUCAAGAAACUCGUAAGGAGCCAACUAGGAGACGAAAAUGCCGAACUACUUGACGGGAAAGGCAAUCCGGGUUGCAAAACAUUCGUUGUAGCUACCAGGAGAGAUGCACUCAACAACCGUGGCCCGGUUUUCCUGCGUUCCUAUAAACAUCCUCAUGAUUCUCGAGGCCUCAGCAAUGUCAAGAUUUGGCAAGCUGCUCGUGCAACAUCUGCUGCGCCCACCUACUUCUCUUCUAUGAAGGUGGGUGACUAUGAAUUGGUUGAUGGAGGCUUGAGUGCCAACAAUCCUCUCGGAUGGCUGUGGACAGAAGUAUUGAGCAUCUAUGGCAUGGGCCGUAGAGCCAACUGCUUCCUCAGCAUCGGUACUGGCAUUGGCUCCAACCAAGCACUCACCGAUCCUAGGAAAGCGCCAGGCCAGGCCAUAUCGGCUAUAACAGCUGCCGCCACCAAUUCCGAGAUUGCCCACCUUCUCUUCAGGACUCUUAUCGAUGCCUUUGCUCCGAAUAGUGGGAAGCCGAAAUACUGGCGUCUCAAUGUCAACAAGCCUAUCAAUAAGGUUACCGAUGGUCAGGAGCCCGAAGACUAUGAGAAAGUAGUGGAAUUGGAUGAUAGUGGAGCUGCUAAAGUAUUGGAGGAUGGCGCUGAAAAGUAUAUUGAAGAGAUCAAUGCUGACAUUCAGAAGUGCGUUGAUGCCAUUCUGGAUAAGCAUUAG